AUGGUUGAGGCGGAUCGCCCGGGGAAGCUUUUCAUUGGGGGGCUCAACCUCGAAACCGACGAGAAAUCUCUCGAGGCCGCAUUUGGCAAAUAUGGCCGCAUCAUCGAGGUGCUCCUCAUGAAAGACCGAGAAACGGCCAAGUCGAGGGGCUUCGCGUUCGUCACCUUCGAAAACCCCGCAGACGCCAAGGCCGCCAUUCGAGACAUGAACGGCAAGUCCCUGGAUGGUAAGGCCAUCAAAGUGGCCCAGGCCACCAAACCGGCGUUCGAAAGCAGCCGACGGGGCCCGCCGUCGCUCUCCCGCAGCCGCGGUCGCCCGAGGGGCCUGCGCGGGGCCCGCGGGGGCGGCCCGCGGCGAUCCCCUUCCCGGGGCGGUCCCGCGGAUGAUGGCGGCUAUGCGGGGGAUUUCGACCUACGGCCCUCCAGGGCCACGAUGCCCAUGAAGCGCGGGCCCCCGCCGCGCAGGGCCGGUCCUUCCCCGAAGAGGGCCGCGCCGUCGGGUCCGGCGCGCAGCGGCGGCGGUGGAAUUCGCGGGCGGGCCCCGGCCGCGCGUGGGCGAGACGGUUACGAGGGCCCGCCGCGCCGGGAGCCGCCGCCCCCGCGCCGCGACCCGUACCUGGGCCCCCGGGAGGGUGGCUACUCGCCCCGAGACAGCUACUCGGGCCGAGACUACCCGAGCUCCCGCGACCCGCGGGAUUUCGCUCCCGCGCCCAGAGAGUACACCUACCGCGAUUACGGCCACUCCAGUGCCCGGGACGACGGUCCAUCGAGAGGCUACGGCGACCGAGACGGCUACAGGGGUCGCGACCGUGACUACGCGGAUCGCGACCGUGACUACGGGGAUCAUCCGAGCGGAGGCUCCUACCGAGACCCCUUCGAGAGCUACGGGGACCCGCGCAGCGCCGCUCCCGCGCGGGGCCCACCGCCAUCUUACGGAGGAGGAGGCCGCUACGAGGAGUAUCGGGGCUGCUCCCCCGACGCCUUCGGCGGCGGCCGCGACAGUUACGGCAGCGGCCGGAGCGACCGCUAUUCGAGGGGCCGAGACCGUGUCGGCAGACCGGAUCGCGGGCUCCCCGCGUCCAUGGAAAGGGGGUGCCCUCCCCUGCGUGAUUCCUACAGCCGAUCGGGCCGCAGGGCGCCCAGGGGCGGAGGCCGCCUAGGAGGGCGCUCGGAGAGAGGAGGAGGCCGGAGCAGAUAUUAA